ACUCAAUUAGCGCGCACGAAUACCAGGGGAUGGAGUCGGCCGCAACGAGCGACGAGGGGAUGGAAUCCCUACUUCGAAACUUCGAGCAAAUCUAUCAAGGCUACAAAGAUGCGCUUUUGGAGAUCCAGUCAUUGAAGACAAGCCGUAACUAUGAAACCAGAAGAUAUGAAGCUCUUGAAGCCACCUGCAAUGAUCUCAAAACAGAUGAAAUAUCGGACCAAAUGCCAAAGUUUGACAAAGGAACUAGAAAAAGCCAAUAGCAAGCUGCUCAGUUUGGAAGACGAUCAUAGGAAAAUGAUUAAAAUGCUUAAACACGAGAAUGAACAGAAAAUUCAUGACCUGGAGAAGCAGGUCAGCUGUUCACUUCAUAAACAAGCAUCAGACCAAGCUCUAAUGAAUCAGCUCCAGCAAGACUUGGCCACUCAUGAGACUCAUAUUGAGAUCCUGACUAGCAACUUUGAACAGGUUACUGCUGAUCUUCAAUCAAAAUUUAAUUCUGAGAUUCAAGAAUUGAAGGACUUGCUUCUAGCUGAACAGGAAGAGAAAAAUAAACUGCAAGUAAAGCUCCAGAAUGCAGAAAAUGAAUUGCAGAUCAUCAAAAAGAAGCAGAUAAACCAACAAAGGGAUUCCAUUUCACUACAUCAUGUCGAAACAUUAAAGCAGAAAAUCAUGAAACUUAGAAAGGAAAAUGAAUCUCUGAAGAGGCAGGUUACCGCCUUGAAAACAUGAUAUAUGAAACUGUUCUGAUUAUACUCUCAUGCAGGAUACUAUCAGGAUAAUAGAUCACCAGUGGACAGCACACUUUCUUUCUAAUCUGUUGUAUAUAUAUCAUACAAAACAUUGCCCAUAUAGUUCAGGAACAUCUGGAGAUGAAUUUUCAAGAACAAAUUAUAAUGGUCAGUAAGAUUAGGUUGCAAGAAUGUUGGAUACAGAUCGAAAUUUCUAAAGUUUCUUUAAUGGGAAACUGCUAUUAGUUUACUCUUCCUAUUUGCGUAUGAGCUGUGAGCAAGUGUAUUUAGACUGCUAGUGAUGUCUUAGCAGAUGCAGGGUGCCAUCUACCACUGUUUCUCCACAUCUUAGAUGCAGAAAGAAGCUCUUCUAAGCUUCGUUAUGUGGACUGGUCUUCAAUGUUGCAGCUACCAUGAAAGGUGGUAUCUUUAUAUGUUCUAAAAGAAGACAUAUUUAUAUGGUUUUUGAAUACAUAAUUAAGGUGCCAUAGCAUGAUAAAACAAACAUUUCUCUGUUUCAUUAGAGUGUGAACAUGGUGAAAAAUGUGACACAGUUAAGUGUUGGUGUUGGCUACUUCUAGACCCCGGCAUUGGAUGUAUGAAAGAUUGUGCUUAGUGCAAUCCUCAGUGAGUGAUGCUGUAGGGGCUCCUAUGUGUCACCCACUGAAGAUGAUUGGCUACACUAGAAUAGCUAGGAGCAUUAUAUUCUUGGUAAUUGAAAUGCCAAAGAUACAUCCAACAGUGAUAUUACAUUUUUCCUUUUUUCAAGUGACCCAUCUACCUUCAGGAAUAGAGAAUGAGAAUUUAUUAUGUGAUGUAGGAUGAGGUUUUAGCGCAAAUCUUGAAUGUGUUAACUAACUCGACUUACAAAGAUUUUGAUUGCUUAUAGUAAGAUUUCCGAAGUAAAUUUCUACCUUCGUCUAAGUUUAGUCACAACAUGUUGGAUAUUUAUCCUAUCUAAGCAAGAAUUUUUAUUUUGUUGCUUGAUAGUAUCACAUAGCAAAAAUUUGGUAUAAUACUUAGGCAUUUGUUAAUUGGGUCUGGGUCGAGUAUAGAUAGGAAAUUAAGUCUUUUGAUCGAUAUUGAAAUGUAUUGGAUACCUAAAUAGUUUGUAGGAUCAAGAUUUCAGUAUGAGUCUCGUAUGCUUUUUUUUACCUUGCAAGAUUGUAUCCUUUUCAUGUGAUUCAGGAAGAACUAAUGUGCAUAUGUGGUUAUUCUUGAA